UUAUACAUAUAUUUUCAUUACAAUAAAACUACAAAUUUCGUUUCAAAAAAAAAAAAAACUACAAUUCUACAAUUGUCACCAUUGUGGAGGGUCUGAAACUAAAACUUCUUAGCCAUUUUUUCUUUAUUUCACUUGAAAAAGAGUCUUUAAUAUUGAAUUUUAGUCGUGAGUGUAGAGGGAUACGAGUACUCUUUCAAUAUAUAUAAGUCCUAAGAGGUUACCAUUGUGAUUAGUUUCUUCAUCCUUGGUGUUCUACCUUCUUCUUUGAUGAUUAGGCUUUAGGGUCCACCCCGGUUUGAUUAAUCUGAUCUGGGUCCAUUCCGGUUUAAACCGCGUUGAAGCAACUAAGACGUCCUUUUUUCAAUAACAGCCAAAACGGUACUUCCUCAGUGAAAAGCUUAAAGCUUUGAGUCCCAGUUCCUUUCUUUGUGCCUUACAUUAAACCCUUCCACCAACUCCAUCUAAAAAAUUCAUACAAAAACCUCAUCAACUCAGAAAGACAGCAAGCACCCACAAACACAAAAAUGCCUGGUGAAGCUGAAGACUUGGAAAACAACAGAGGAGGAGUGAAGCACAGAGCAAACGGAGAGAGCUACUCAUCGUCUACGUAUGUUGCAGAUGACGUAGAGACCCAAUGGACUUCUUGGUUGGUGCCCAUGUUAGUUGUGAUUAACCUUUUUGUAUUCCUUGUGGCCAUGUUUAUGAAUGACUGCCCCAACCACAGUUCUGGGAUCAUAGGCAAGUGUGUGGCUGGGGUUCUUGGCAGGUUCUCGUUUCAACCGUUGAAGGAGAACCCCCUCUUAGGCCCUUCUUCUUCCACAUUGGAAAAGUUGGGAGCUUUGGAGUGGAGCAAAGUGGUGCACAAGCAUCAGGGAUGGAGACUUGUUACUUGUAUUUGGUUACAUGCUGGAGUAGUACAUCUGGUUGUUAACAUGCUCAGCUUGGUCUUCAUCGGAAUUCGUAUAGAGCAGCAAUUUGGGCUUGUGCGAGUUGGGAUUAUAUACUUGUUGUCUGGAUUUGGGGGUAGCAUCAUGUCGUCUCUUUUUAUUCGAAAGAACAUUUCUGUUGGUGCAUCGGGUGCUCUUUUUGGUCUUCUUGGAUCAAUGCUUUCGGAACUAAUUACGAAUUGGACUAUUUAUACCAACAAGGUUGCAGCUCUUGCUACUCUUCUGGUCAUCAUUCUCAUUAACCUUGGCAUUGGAAUUUUGCCACGCGUUGAUAAUUUUGCCCACAUUGGUGGAUUUAUCACCGGAUUCCUCAUUGGAUUUGUGUUGAUGCCCCGUCCUCAAUACGGAUGGCUGGAGCAGCUGAAUCUUCCUGCUGGUGCUAAUGCCAAUGUCAAGUCCAAAUUCAAGGCCUACCAAUAUGUGUUAUGGCUUCUUUCGGUUACUCUGUUGAUUGUUGGGUUUACAAUUGCACUGGUGAUGCUGUUUCGGGGAGAGAAUGGAAAUGAGCAUUGCCAUUGGUGUCACUACCUCAGUUGUGUUCCCACAUCUAGAUGGCAGUGUGAAGAAAAUUAACACUCAUACUAGAGAGAAGAGACUUCUAUUAGCUAGAUUUGGUUGAUUCCUCUGUAAAUGCCUAGUUAGUGUUACAAACUGGUUUGCCUGUGGACUAGAUAUUCAAAUUUUUGCCCUAUGGUAUCUAUUUCUAUCUGAAAUAUUGGUCAGAGAAAUCUAAAGUGAAGUUGAAAGGGGCAAAAAAUAAAAUGGAUGGCUUCGCCCGGGUUCGAACCGGAGACCUUCAGUGUGUUAGACUGACGUGAUA